UCGGCACGUGCGGUUGACUCCUGUGAUCCUGCCGGAAAUCGAAACGGAAAGCUAAACGCAACUAAUCCAGAACGGAAUCGCGAGUGUUUUGCCGCCAAGUGUUGCUUGCAUUCGUGUUGCAAGUGAAUUGAAAUGAUGCUAAAAGGCCACGGGUGACUUGCACUGUCAAGAUUUCUCGAUAAUAGUGGUUAUUGCUGGCCCAAUUGUGAAACAGUUAUAUAGAUUACAAGUGAUUAUCUGACAAGACAACUCGAUGGUUUCCAGUCAUUAACAAACUUAAUCAAACUAAAUACAUACAAAAUGAAAACAAACUUUACUCAGUUCCGUGCCCAAAACUGUGCGAUAAAUGUUACACUGCUCUUAAUCCUGAUGAGUCAACAAUGUAAUCCUCAGAGAGUGGAAGUGCCAGCGGAAGUUAUCGUUGAUCCCAAAUUUAGUUCUCCAAUUGUGAAUAUGACAGCGCCCGUGGGACGUGACGCCUUCCUCACGUGCGUCGUUCAGGACCUGGGUCCUUACAAGGUAGCGUGGCUUCGAGUCGACACACAAACAAUUCUAACCAUUCAAAAUCAUGUUAUAACAAAAAACCAACGCAUUGGCAUUGCGAACUCUGAGCACAAAACCUGGACAAUGCGCAUUAAGGACAUUAAAGAGUCGGACAAAGGCUGGUACAUGUGCCAAAUCAACACGGAUCCGAUGAAAAGCCAAAUGGGUUACCUAGAUGUUGUGGUACCGCCGGAUAUCCUAGAUUAUCCUACGAGCACGGACAUGGUCGUUCGCGAGGGCAGUAACGUGACGCUCAAAUGCGCCGCUACCGGUUCGCCAGAGCCGACAAUUACAUGGCGACGUGAAAGUGGAGUGCCUAUCGAGCUGGCCAGCGGAGAGGAGGUCUUGAGCAUUGAGGGUACUGAUCUAAUAAUACCGAACGUAAGACGUCAUCAUAUGGGCGCCUACUUGUGCAUAGCUUCCAACGGAGUCCCGCCUUCGGUGAGCAAACGGAUAACGCUUGUUGUGCAUUUCGCACCGAUGAUCACCGUUCAGAACCAAUUGAUUGGAGCUGUAGAGGGAAAAGGCGUGACUUUGGAAUGCGAAUCGGAGGCCUACCCCAAGUCGAUCAACUACUGGACCAGGGAACGUGGAGAGAUUGUGCCACCAGGCGGCAAAUACUCGGCGAACGUCACGGAAAUCGGUGGCUAUCGCAAUUCGAUGCGGCUCCACAUAAAUCCCCUUACGCAGGCCGAAUUUGGGGCUUAUCGCUGCGUGGCGAAGAAUUCCCUUGGCGACACGGAUGGCACAAUUAAGCUGUACAGAAUACCCCCGAAUGCUGUGAACUAUGUGGAGAACUUUGAGGCGCGACACAAAGGCAAGAAGCGGACGAAAGGCUCGGAGUCGCAUCAUCCGGCCAGGGCCCAGGAGCACAGCGGCGAGGACAUGGAAAAUCCGGGAAAAAGAAAAGCCGAUUUGAGCCUGAGUGCGGAGAGCAUCGACAGCAUUUACGGAUCCUCUGCAGCUCGAACUUGGCGGCAGGACCUCGGCGGACCGCUGCUCCUGGCAGUGGCAGUGGCAUUGGCAAUGGCCCUGGCUCCGAUGCGGGAAACUCAGAUGACACUGUCGCCACAAGCACUGACGCAUGUUUGACACAGACGCCGAGUUGACAUGGACAUGGAGAUGCAGACAGCGCCAAAUCUGAACUUGGAGCUGGAGCUGGAGCAAAGUCUGCAGUCUGCGGCACUGGCAGUGCAAUGAUGAUUGAGUUUGUCAAUGCCAAACGCUGCUCGGUGCUGAUUUAUGGCUCGUUGCGGCUGCUCUAGUUAAAGUUUGUCGACGCCGAAUUACAUAUAUCACAUCCAUGACGCGGCGGCGGUCCGCGUCUGUAGCCAGUAAGUAAACUAGGCUUCCUAAUCCAAAAUCGCGCUGUUGUCAAGCUGUUGGAUUUUAGUUAAGGUUCAAGCUUAGCCUUCGGUGCAACCUUUGUAAGAUAUCGCAGAUUGCAAAUCAAUUACGGCACGUGUAUAUAGACGUAUGGCAAGUUUUUGUAAAGAAGUUGGAGUUGGCAAGGGGCUAUGUAUUAUAAAUAUUGUAAGAACCAGAUGUGGUAAUAGUCUGAAUGGGCAACAUUAAUUUACCAUUUAAUACAAAUUUAAAAAGUUUAGUUCCAACACAGUUAAGAGAAGUCUUCGGUAAAGAAAUAUUUAUCCACAAGGAGUUUCAAUAAAUAUACGAGUAACUACUAUCAUAUCCGAUAUACCUAGCUAUAUCACAAACUGCAAUGAGAAAUAAAUAUCCGCCAAAAGCUUAAUAGCUUUAAUGUAAAAACAAAAAUUAUUCAUUAAUAAGCUCAGCAGCUGGCUGUGUUCCCAAAAACUUUAACCAACAAAAAGGCCUCAUUUAUUGUUCUUUACCUUGCUUCGGUGCUCCUAGAAUGUUAUAAUAUUUAACCAUAUUUACCACUUUUCACAAAAUACUUAUAAUUUAUUCAACACUCUAAAAUUAGAAAAAAUUCAAUACCUUUUUUUUCAUUUAUGUUGACAAUCAGAUUUCAGUUAUUUAAAGGUAAUAUAUGGAAUACAAGUCAUGCGGUAAAUUUAACGGGCAAAUUAAUCACACUAUUUAGUGCGGAUGCAGCUCCAUUUAAUAUGUAUUGAGCGUAAAAUUUCCAGACGAAAGUUAAUUGUUGAAGGAGCAAAUUAUAUCAGUUGUGUUUAUAUCGCUAUUAUGUACACACCCAUACAUUUAUCGCAUACCAGUAUAAAUUAAUAUUUUUAAGCAUCACAUGUACAUGACAGUGUAAGCAAAUUGCCGAAUCGA